CACUAGCUGCUAGCAGCUAGCCGGACCUUCACCCGACUACCUGCCAAAUAGUCUCACUGUUUUAACUUUGUUUUUUUUUUCCGUUAUCAACUGUAUUUUAUUUGUUACACGUCCCGUGGACUUUUUCCGUUAGUUUUCUUUCCCUCAAAUAAGAUGGUCGUUUUGACAGCUAACAAUGAAGAGCAGGAGCAGGAUUAUAUCCUGAUAGAGGAGCGCAAGUGCACCUCGCUGCCCAACUCUCCCGCCAAGCGAGUGUCUCCCUCUAAAAAGAAGCAGUUCUACAUCAACCAAGCCAUCCGCAACUCUGACCUCAUCCCUCGUGCCAAAGGCAAGAAGAGCCUCCGCCGUCAGGAAAACACCCGUUAUCUUGCCAAUCUUCUUGAGAAGGAUGAGUGCUCCAAAGACGACCUGGAGAUUUGCAGUAACCCGGCCAUCCCGUCCAUCUUCACCGAAGCCUGCACCAAUGGAAACUACGCAGAGCCGUGGAAUGACUUCAUGAAUUGCUCCGGUGAGGAGCAGGAGCGGCUCCUGUCUCUGCUGGAGCUGGAGCACGCCAAGAAGAAAACCUCCGACCGUCUCCUCAAGGACCACAGGAAUGUAAAUCCUGCCUUCACCGCUCAGGACUGCUUCCAGAGAAUCGACCGCAGGCUGCGAACGACUCUGAGGCGUAAACAAAUCCCCAUGGGGACGCUGGAAAUCCUCGAGGACAACCUCCUGAGCUUCUUCAACGCUCAACCUCACUCAGUUUACACCACCAACCUCACCAGCAGCUUUGAGAGGCUGCUGCUUCACGCCAUCUGCCAGUAUAUGGACCUCGUCUCUGCAAGCUCAGACUACAACGGCUCACGUCAGACCGAAGUGGUGAACAAACAGGAAGAGUUCCUGCCCCCCGGACUCCUACUGUCGGCCUACCUGGGCCAGAUGAGCUGAGACCAGGACCACGUCGCGGGGUUUCGCCGGUUCCCUCCUGCAGCGCGACUCCGCCGCCGACUCGGAGCUCCGGAUAACGAUGUGUCACUAAAAGCUUAGCAAGCAGAGCUGCUAGAUGCCCGCUUUCGUUUUCUCUCGGUUUCUGUGGUAAAUUUUCCAUUAAAUUUAUCAGUGGACUAAUCACUGCAGGGUGUAAAAACACGUUAAAGCCUGAGCGUGUGUUCAUGCUGACUGCAGGAUUACAGUUACCUAACCUCCUCUUCACCAUCCAGAUGUUUUAAACUUCCUGUCCCACUGGUGAAACUAACUUUAAAAUUUACUUAUAUAACAGAUUUCUUAUUAUUUGGGACAAAAAUAAUGAAAUUACACCACAUAGUAACUCUACUAAGAGUUUCACACACAAAUUGAGGCCACGGGAAAUACAACAUUUCCUACUUAAACCUAAAGAAUAUUGUAGAAAUUACAAUAUGGAUUGAAACAUGGUUUUAAUUCCUAUAAUAUGUAAUGCUCUGAGAGAGAAGUAGUUUCUGAACUUUGUUUUACACAUCUGCAGUUGAUACUUGACUAAAAAAAAUAUAGUUUAUAGUGGAAAAUUUACUGUAGGAGCUCAGAGUUGUGCAGCUCUGUCCGUGACCCAUCGUUGCCUGAAAGACUCGCCUGUAGGUUUCUUUGUUAAGUAGUGAGGUAUGAAGCAUGAAUAUUCGUAAUCUAUAUAUGCAGACACAUCACUCGUCGUAGGUGGGGUAGUCUUUGGUCAUUUGUUGGGAAGCCAGGUUUCUUUUAUAAUCGUCUGUGUUAUGAAGAGGGAGAUUAGUUUUGUGAGUGUGUGUGUGUGUUAGCUUCAGACGCACUGACCCUCCGUCUACGCUGGACGUGUUUCAGUCAACAGUUCCAAGAAACAUCUGGGUUUUUCUGCAGCCGAACAUCUCGUGCUGCGUCCAGGUCCCUCCGGCGUAGACGAGGCGUCACUGUUAUUUCAGUCGUGGCAGAGGUUCGAAGAUGAGGAACUAUAUUAUAUCGUCGUUCGGAAACCGUUUCUGUACAUUGAGGUGUAUUCAACGCGCGCAGUGUUCUCUGUUUACACACAACUACAACUUAUUACGCCUCUUUUUUUACAGCCUGGUUCAAACUGUAAACGUGUUACACUGACAAAAAAAAAAGUUAAAGUUUUUUUUUUUUUUUUUUUGAUGAGUUACAAAAAUAAACCUGUGGAGCGUCGACUCUCAGGUACAAGCCCAGAAAAGCGCUUCUGCCUUACGAACACGAGUUUCUAUGUUAUGUCUGUACAUAUAUUUCUACAUUUGUACUCGACUUGAUUUUAGAAACGUGCGAAAACAAAAAACCCCGGUUCCUUUUUUCACAACUGUGUAACAAAAAAACUCGAGGUGCAUUUUGUCAACGACCAAAGUUUUGUGCGUUUGGAACUUCUCAGGCUUCUCUCUCUCUCUCUCUGAAUGUCAUGUAGUGAUGGUGCGUGGCGUCGCUUUCUGUGUGCGCUCAUGGGAUGUUUGGAUCGUGUUCUCCUCGGCACACUGGAGCGCUGCGUUUUAAAGCGCGUUGUAAAUAUUACACUUCAUCAACUGACUCGUGCCAAUGUUUGAGAAGCCAUCCGAGAGCUUUAUACGCUGAACUGAAACAUCGUUGUGUAUAUGUGUGAUGUGCGUAUUUAUAAUUAUCACUGCAACUAUUAAAUGAUUUAAGGU